GUUUAUUAAGUUGAAGGAACCACCGUAGCGAGAUAGUGACGGUGAGGUUUUGAGCGUUAGCCCUUCGUCAGGGCGCAUUGGAAAUUAGUCGUGAGCGCCUUUGGAUGGGUUGGAGUUACGAAUGUGAAAUAUUCAUUUAUAAAAAUGGCUGAAGUUUGUUUCCUUUUCUUAGAAGUCUUUAGGUUCUUCAUAAAUUUUGCGCCUUUUCUAUGAAGUUCUUUAAUAACAUAGUUGCCGCCAGGCGUGAUCCGCGCAGGAGUCCUCGCAUUCUUUCCAGUUUUCCAGAGUCCAUUCCGAUUUCAGAUUUUAAGAUGGCAACUCACCCGCAAUGCCGUCUGGGUAAGGAGAAAGCAAACAUGGCGUACAGAGACGAGAUUGAUGAUGCAUUUGAUGCUGCUGUUUUCCUGGAGGAAAGAUGUUAUGAGAGUGGUUAUAAGGAAGGUUACAAGGAUGGAAAAUUGAAGGGUCUGCAAGAGGGACGUCACUUGGGUUUGAUGAAAGGCUGUGAAGUUGGUGGCGAGGUUGGAUUUUAUCUUGGAUUUGUUUCAAUGUGGCAUGAGAUUUUGCUGGAAAGUCCUGAUGCAAAACAAAGGUAUCACGUUGACUAUUAAUGACGUCUUCUGAAUUCUGAAUUAACUCGAUAAAUUAUUAUGAAAGUAACCAGUAUGGUUACAUGUAUUAUUAUAUUAUUCUGUUGUAAUAUAAUAAUACAUGUAUGUUAUUCUAUUUUGAUCAUAUUUUACAACUUGUAAAGCGCCUAGAUCAUGCUUGGAUAGGCACUAUAAAAAUACUAUUUAUUAUUAUUAUUAUUAUUAUUUUCUACAUAAAUAUAUAAUUCAAAUAAGAAAAUGUCAUUAUUUGUAUUUUUCUAUAUGCUACAUUUUUUUUCCUGUAUAAUUUGCCGUUUUGUUUUACAAAAACGGCUGAUGACUACUCCUUGAAGACAAAUUUUGCUAGAACGACUACUUUUAAAAACACUUAUUUUAAUAGAAUUAUGGAGAUGUGGAAUUCGAUACCCUUAGAUGUUAGGUUAUCUCCUAGUUGUGCAGUGUUUAAGUCGGGAAUGAAGAAGUUUUUAAGUGAGAAAUGAAUAUUUGAUUUAAUUUUUUUUUUCUUGAUUGUUAUUACAUGAUUACUUAUUUAGAUUAGCUACAUGGUGAUCUGUCUUGCAUGGAGUGUUCCACUCUUUUACAGAUUAUCCUUAUGGCUUCGCUUGUUUGUGUAUGCCUUUAGACUUAGAUUUUAAUUGCCAUUAAAUUGUAAUAAAUAAAUCUGGCACAUGGGUAGAUCAAAGACAAUGCUGCACCUGGGCAAAGGGAAUUGCUGUGAGAAAAUAGCUGACUGGGUAAACAAAGUAUGCAACCAUCUCUACUGGUGUGCCACAUCCACCAAGGAGGGCUUCCAGGAGAUGAUGACAGCCAAAUGGAAAUCUUUUAUGGAGCAUGUUGCCAACAAACAUGACAAUCAUCCGUCUUCACUUUUCAAGAAGUGUGCAAAUGAGGAGAUUGACAACCAAUGGUACAUCAGGAUAGGCACUGUUAUUAGACAUGUUAAAAAAUCAAUCAAUCCUCUAUACCAACAGUGCACACCAAAGAACAACCUAAAAAAAAAGGACAUUGAAAACUCAGACAUGAAUUUUCAACUGAUGGUGAUGCUUUUUCUUUUCUUGUAAGGAACCACUACAUACAAUAAACUAUACAAGCUUCUGACAAGUGCAGACUUGUAAAUGACAUUAAACAGUUGUCACCAGAUGCUCAGACUUUCCAUUCAGCCCUUGACCACUCCCACCCAAAGAUGGUCUGCUUCUCCUGGUUAGGGACAUUUUGCAGGUAAUGGAAUCUAAGGAGAAACGAAAAGAAGGCGAAAAAGUCUACCCUUCAGUCAUCUGUCAUCUGUCAGAUUUAAAACUUUCUCAUCCCAUUUGUACAAAUGUCACCCAAAAGUGAUUUUUUGCAGUCAUCGUUAACACAGUGCUUUACAUUAAGAAACGCUUUGGAAUGCUACAGGGACCCCUUCUGCCACCAUCUUCUACAGCUUGACUAACGUGACGUCAUAGCCUCACCUUCAUUAGGUGGAAACAAAAUGGCAGCCAGCUGGAGCAAAAUGAGGAUUUUGUUGUCCCGAUUAUUUGCUACAAAGUUGAUGACAGAGCAAAUCAUUGCUAUUAUCAGAUAUUUCAUGGUAUGAACUUUCAUUUAAGGUAAAAUGUUUCUAGACCUUAGUUUCCCUUUAAACCAAAACUUCAAUUUGGAAUUCUUCAACCGAUUCGGAACUCUUCCAUUCAAUGAACUACCAGGAAUAUCAUCCUGUCAAAAAUGCAAACCAGACACAAGGUUGUCUCGAAAGGACGCCAUGCUGUUGUGUUUGACCGUGGCCCUCGAUGCCUUGUUUUCAUGCAACUCGACCCAGAUCAUUUCAGACAUCCCCAUUUUGGAAUAAGGCGUAUAUUUCUUUUUUUUGAGUUUUAACACUUGACAUUAAUAAGGAGUAUCAGUUGCUAUUUUAAGCUACCCAAUAAAACAUGUAAUUAACACCUGGUAAUUUAACUCUCCCAUAAGUGGACAACUGCCAUAUUUUUCUUGGGGCUCCACUUACGGGAAUAAUUCUUGUAAGCAGACAGCACUACUAACGGACACUUUUUCCAAUUCCCAAUGGUGUCCGCUUACGAGAGAGUUGAUUCUAUAUUUUUCAAUAAUUUAUGUUGACACAAUUACAAUUAUUGUAACUGACUAAGCAUUACUAGCAAUGUGUGUGUUAUUAUCGCAAAAAUAUUAUAUAUUAAUGAACAGGUACUUACAUUCUUGGCAAUGAUUCAACUUGUUUUGUUUUGCAGGCACUACUGCAAAUGACAAACUGAAGAGCUUGCUCACUGCCAAACUUCUCUUAGGAGACACAUUAGAAAGCUUUCAGAUGCCCAUACCAGUUGUCUAGAGGUCUUUCAUGCCACUUUAAACCACUGGUGUCAAAAGAUGAUUGGGUUCUCUUGGUUGGGAACUUUCUAAAGAUUGGUAUCAUUAUAUCUCCAAUAUGCAUGGUCAUCUAAGCCACAGCAGCACAGCAGAGCUAACUGGACUCAUGAACAAAGCUAUAUCCAUAUUUUGCAGUUUUGAUCCGUUUCUUAAUUUUUUUAUGUGAUCCAAUGCAAUUGCUAUUUGACAAUCCUAUAAUUUAUUUCUUUUUCCUCUUUUUUCAUGUAGGCACAUCCUUACAAGCCUGCACUUUAAUGAGAAUGUUCAGAGGGAUACCCAGUUAUCCAAGGAAGGUAAAAAGUGUUACCACAUAGCUUUUUCUAAUUCACACUUAGAGAGGAGGUUGUGAGAAAAGUAUCUUCUCCACAUACAUAUGGUAAUUGUGUAAUAAAUUCCUGUCUAUACUAGCUGUGGUCACACUGUGCACUUUUGCCCUAGGUAAACUUGACUUGUUGACAGUUUUACGUAGGGACACUUACAUUUAGAAGUGUGACCGAUUUUUCCCCAGGUAAAUUACCUAGGGAAAAUAUUUUCCAUCGAGGUUUGAAUAUUUCAAGAGAACAAUAGACUUUCCCUUGACAGUUACCCUACAUGUUUUGAAGGGGUAAACUGAAAUCCCAAAGGUAGUUAGCCAAUAGAUGCUCAUCGGCAAAUGCGCUGAUGACAGAUUUGAUUUUAUCAUGUCAUGUUUUACUUGGAAAAGAUCGAAAUGCAAGUCUUUUGCUGCUUUUGUCACGUGAGUGUUGGUGUGUCAAAAGAAGAUGACGUGGUUUAGAUCGAAUGUGCAAGUAUAAAUCAUUUGCAAUCACUACACCUUUCAUUUGGCUGAAUUUACUCAAGAUUUAGUUUCGUUGUUUGCUAUAGCUUUUAUUAAUCGGCUUAUAAUAUUUCAUUU